AUGGAAACCUCGUCGCUAAACCUCAACUCAACACCCGCUGGGACGUCCGAGGGCCCUUCUACCUCGCAACGAAAUGGCGCAUUCCCGGAAAAGUUCACCAUUUACCGACAUGCCAAGCUUAGCCGCACCUAUAUUCUCGGCGACGGCCCCGACAGCCCCAUCUACGCGCUCUCGUAUCAGGGCAGCGAUACCUCGGGCCAGCCGCAAAUCAUCCUCCACUCGGGGCCCCAAAGCGACACGACCCUCUCGCCACACUCCGGCGCCGCUAUCGCGAGUCUCGGGGUCGAAAAGUCGGGGUGGAAGCUCGUGCGACUGGGCGCUGGUGGCAAAGGGGAUUCGAAAACCGACGCGAGCGUUGUGGCGAGCGGUGGAGACGCAAGCAUAGCAGACAACUCCGGCGCUGGUCGAACCUCUUAA